GUUCAAAGCAAAAUAAUAUAAAAUUCUGACACCAUAAAAAACAUAACGCGUCGCUUUACUCUAAUUUACUUUCCGCUCAGACAGCUCGGUAGUAAAUUUUUAAUUACAACCGAGUUAAUCCGCAAUUGACUGCGAAACGUAUCGAAAGAGCUGCUCGGCGCGGAAUCGUGAAAAUAAUUGUAUAAUAAAUAUAAUAUAAAAACGCGCAUUAGCGGGUCUGAGUUGUUGUUCUUUACGUUUGCGGUUCACCUUCGUGCUUUCGCGUAAGUGGGCGACACAGGAACGCCAACUACCGACAAAUUCGCUGACAAUAAGUGCAAUUAAGGAAUUUUGGCGUUUAAUAAUAGAUAAUUGUGCAAUAAUUAAAAGUAAAUGUUUGGAAGGUGUAAUUUUGCUUUAUUAAAUAAAUAUUCUAUUGUUUGCAAAACUUUUUAUAAGCCGCACUUAAGCACAGCAGCACAUCUGUCUGCCGAUUCAGCAGCGUUAGGCAAGAGCCGUCAACCACACAAACUACUAAUUCUGCUCGCCAAAAAAUUACGACGAAAUACCAAUUGUGAUAUCGAAUACAGAGUCAAUAAGAAAUAAGCGCAAAAAUGCAUCAAUUCAAAUUAACCGAAAUGAAAACGAAUCUGCUCUACGCGCCCGAGUCAUACGCGCUGGCGCAUGCCGUCUCCGCCGAUCUGAACACGAUGAAGGGCACACUCGCUUGGCAAUUUGCCGUGAUUUUCGGCAACUUCGAGGAGCUCAGCAAGCAGCCGAUAACCGUGGGCAAUGUCGCCGUUAUGGAGCACCAGUCGCGUUUCAUUUACUUUCUGGUGACAAAGGAAAAUGUCUACGAGACCACAACAUACAACACAUUGCAUGCGGCCUUGAUUUGUAUGCGCGAACAUAUGCGCAUACACGAGAUCACAAAAAUCGCCAUGCCGCGCAUAUGCUGUGGCACGGACGGCUUGGAGUGGCGACGUGUCAAGCAGUUAAUACGCACCGUAUUCGCCAGAGAGACCAACGUGGAAAUACUGGUUUGCAGCUACAAUCAAACGGUGACAAUACCGCCAAAAUGCCAAAUUGUCGAAGAGAAGGGCAACAUCUUAAGCGCGCCGCAGGACUUCUCGCUGGUGCACUCGACCAGCGCCGACUUUGCCAUGUCCAGCGGCAUAGGCUUGCACUUCAAAUGCAAAUUUGGACAGAUCAAUGAGUUACAAAAACAAAAUAAACAUGUUGGCAAUGUGGCGGUGUUGAAGGACAACAACCGUUAUAUCUACAAUUUAAUAACCAAGGAACGUAGUCAUGAGAAGUGCACUUACCCGGCGCUUUACUAUGCGCUGAUGGCAAUGCGCGAGCAUGUGGAGCAAAACAAUGUGACCAAGCUGGCUAUACACAGAUUCGGUGGCGACAUCGAUCGCUUGAGUUGGUUGCGUGUUAAGAACAUUGUGGAAUUCGUAUUUUGCAAUAAUGCCGUGGAAAUCAUUGCAUACGUCUAUGAUCCACCAGAGGUAGUACGCAGACGCUCACGUGAUUCACGCUCACGCUCGCGCACUUUGGAGUCCAUGGUUAAUCGCAUGUCGCUUUCACGAGACUUUCCUUGAAUGAAAUGGGAGUUGAAGCAGGCGAAGAUUUUAAGUUAAAAUGUGAAAAGUGUUUUUUUUUUACACCCACACAGAGACACAGUUAAUUUAUUAAUAUUUUACACAUACACCACAUAUUUAUAACCUUAAUUUUAAGUUUAUUAUCUACACUGAAAGCGGUGUUCCAGAAGGAUAAACAUUGAAAGUGUUUUCUUGUUUGUGGAAGAAAAGUAACGUUGGAGUAGAGUAAAGUGUAUUUGUGUUUAAAAAAAAAGUUAAAA